UUUCUGGCGGCUCCCUGGCCCAGUCUCUGGCGCAUGCGUCCCAGCACCUUUGGGCAGGCUUCCCCGCCCUCGUGACGCGUCGGCCCGGGCCUGGCCUCCCGGCGAGCACAGCGGACAGGGGGCGGAGCCUAAGGGGGUGGGGAGACGCCGGCCCCUUGGCCCAGCUGAAAACGGAAUUCUUUGCCGGCUGGCUCCCCACUCUGCCAGAACGAGGCGGGGCAGUGAGGACUCUGCGACGCGUCCGCACCCUGCGGCCAGAGCGGCUUUGAGCUCGGCUGCGGCCGCGCUAGGCGCUUUUUCCCAGAAGCAAUCCAGUCGCGCCCGCUGGUUCUUGAGCGCCAGGAAAAGCCCGGAGCUAACGACCGGCCGCUCGGCCAUUGCACGGGGCCCCAAGCCGCAGAAGGACGGCGGGAGGGUAAUGAAGCUGAGCCCAGCUCUCCUAGGAAGGGGAGAGUGCGCCGGAGCAGCGUGGGAAAGAAGGGAGGAGUGUCGUUAAGUUUACGGCCAACGGUGGAUUAUCCGGGCCGCUGCGCGUCUGGGGGCUGCGGAAUGCGCGAGGAGAACAAGGGCAUGCCCAGUGGGGGCGGCAGCGAUGAGGGCCUGGCCAGCGCCGCGGCGCGGGGACUAGUGGAGAAGGUGCGACAGCUCCUGGAAGCCGGCGCGGAUCCCAACGGAGUCAACCGCUUCGGGAGGCGCGCGAUCCAGGUCAUGAUGAUGGGCAGCGCCCGCGUGGCGGAGCUGCUGCUGCUCCACGGCGCGGAGCCCAACUGCGCAGACCCCGCCACUCUCACCCGACCGGUGCAUGAUGCUGCCCGGGAGGGCUUCCUGGACACGCUGGUGGUGCUGCACAGGGCCGGGGCGCGGCUGGACGUGCGCGAUGCCUGGGGUCGUCUGCCCGUGGACCUGGCCGAGGAGCGGGGCCACCGCGACGUUGCAGGGUACCUGCGCGCGGCCACGGGGGACUGACGCCAGGUUCCGCAGCCGCCCACAACGACUUUAUUUUCUUACCCAAUUUCCCACCCCCACCCACCUAAUUCGGUGAAGGCUGCCAACGGGGAGCGGCGGAAAGCCUGUAAGCCUGCAAGCCUGUCUGAGACUCACAGGAAGGAGGAGCCGACCGGGAAUAACCUUCCAUACAUUUUUUUUCUUUGUCUUAUCUGGCCCUCGACACUCACCAUGAAGCGAAACACGGAGAAUCAGAUUUCCAGGGAUAUUUCGGAGUGUGUGACAUUCCAGGGGUCGUUUGCUUUUCAGGGUUUUCUGAGGGAAAGUGCAUAUGAAAUCCUUGACCGGCCCUGGUGGCUACGAAUCUUCUGAUGGAUGAAUCUCCCACUCCAGCGCUGAGUGGGAGAAGGCAGUGAUUAGCACUUGGGUGGGGGCAGUCGAUGCAUUCACUCCACUGUCUGCUGAGGAGUUAUGGUGAACCCACAACUUAGGCCCUGGCAGCAGAAAGGAAAACCUGAAGACUGAGGAGUAAGUGGACGAGGGCCGAGGUGGGCUUCAGUAAGGGCCCGGCGGCGCUUUAGUUUGGGCGCAUGGCAAGUCACAUGCGAAACGACACUCUGUGGAAGCCCUGGAGACCCGCGCCCAACUCCACCAGAUAGCAGAGGGGUAAGACAGGAUGUGCAAGCGACGACAGAUGCUAAAAUCCCUGGAUCACGACGCUGCAGAGUACCUAUGCACAGGGUGCUGGCCUUUGCUCUUACUACACUGAGGAGAGAUUCCCGCGGGUUCCGGAGGCAGACUACACAGGAUGAGGUGGUGGAGUGGAGUGAGAGCAAUUGUAACGGUUAACUGUAACGUUUUCUUUCAUACACACACACACACACACACACACAUGCUAGGAUGCGGAAAUCCCCUUAUGACUUGCUACUUUUUGAUUUUGUGAUAUUUUGUACUUUUUAGUUGUUCAGCAACUGUCUUAUUUAAUGGGGAGAUUUUAAGUAAUAUUAUAACUAGUGGCUCUCAGUUAAAAUGUGAGGAAGAACUACAGCUCUUAAAUGUAGCAAUAGCACUGUUGCAAAUUCAGUGCAAACGCCUAGAUUGCUUUCUUCUUAACCUAUUUAUUUCUUUGUUAAAUUUUUCUGAUUGUUUCUUUUAUAGAGUGUCUCAGGGUGCAGAGGUCAGACUAAGAAAUAUUCCAAAUGUCUUUUAGAAGAUAGAUGCACUUAUGCAGUAAAUUAUCUUGGGAUAUUUCCCAAAAGAUUGCUGAAAAAAUAGAUUGAGUAUAAAAACUUGAAAAUAUAUGAUGGCUCGUGGGACGUCCUACUAUCACUGAACAAACUAAAGGUGCACUGCUUUCGGAUUUAAUUUCCAGGAUUGCUUGAUCAUUAUAUCAUUGGAACAACUGAUACUUCACUGCUUUAAUAAAGAAUUAACAGAGAUUGAACUCCAAGAGGUGGGUAAUUUAGUUUAAAAAUAUAUGUUCAUGUUAGGAGAUAUACCUAAUGCUAAAUGACGAGUUAAUGGGUGCAGGAAAUCAACAUGGCACAUGGAUACAUAUGUAACAAACCUGCACAUUGUGCACAUGUACCCUAAAACCUAAAGUAUAAUAAUAAAAAAAUAAUUAAUUAAAAAAAUAUAUAUAUAUGUUCAUGGAUUUACCACUAACUCCUGAGAAAUGUUAAAGGUUCACAGGGGUUCCCUUCUCUCAACGUUUGUAAUAAUUGCUCAUAAGCAAUACCAGCAAUUCAUAAAAACUGCUUACAUAUGCCAUAGAAAAUUAAACACAAAAUGUAUACAUGUAUUAUGCUUCUAAAUGCUCAUUCUACUAGAUACACAUUUAAAAGAGAAAAAAGGAACAGAAACAAGUAAUUCGAGAGUGGAGACUUAUAAGAAGGAGUACAUUUGAGUUGAAUACACAAAUCUUUACUUCUCUACCAAUUCCUAUUCCCAAAAUGAACAUAUUACUGGGGAAAGUUAGUUGAGAAUCAGAGCAUAUGUUAUUGGGGAAAGGAUAUGUUUAUUGACACAUAAUCUGUGCCAGGUAUGCAUUAAAAUAUAUUUGCUAAUUUAAUAUUUAAACCUGAGAGAUAAGUAUUGUUUCCCAGAUGAGGACAAUGAGGCAAAGAAAUAUCAAGUAACUUGCCAAAGGUCACAAGAUAUUCAUUCCAUGGAUGCACAAAGUAAGUGCAUCUAGUUCCAAAG